AUGGUGGUCGAAGAAGAUUCACGUCUCAUAAUUCUCCAACACAAGUACAACCCGACAAUGCCCGAGGUGGUGGAGGAGAUGAAGAAAAUGUGGGACAUAAGUUUCCCGGUGGCCGCCAUGAGCAUACUAAACUACCUAAAGAACAUGACAUCCGUCGUGUGUAUGGGCCGUCUCGGUAGCCUCGAGCUUGCCGGAGGAGCAUUAGCUGUCGGUUUCACCAACAUAACCGGUUACUCUGUUCUCUCCGGUUUAGCCACCGGUAUGGAACCACUUUGCGGUCAAGCCAUCGGCUCCAAGAACCCUUCACUCGCUUCCUUGACCCUCAAGCGAACCAUCUUUCUCCUUCUCUUAGCUUCUCUUCCCAUCUCACUCCUUUGGCUAAACCUCCAACCUCUAAUGCUAAUCCUCCGCCAACAACAAGACAUCACACGUGUGGCAUCUCUCUAUUGCUCCUUCUCUUUGCCUGAUCUCCUCGCUAAUAGCUUCCUUCACCCUCUACGUAUUUAUUUACGCUGUAAAGGCACCACGUGGCCCUUGAUGUGGUGCACGUUGGUCUCCGUCCUUCUUCAUCUCCCCAUUACCGCUUUCUUCACAUUUUACAUCUCUCUCGGCGUUGCUGGAGUCGCAAUUUCAUCUUUUCUCACCAACUUCAUCUCCUUGUCACUUCUCCUUUGCUACAUCUACUUGGAAAACAACAACAACAACGACAAAACCAGUUCCUCUCUCUGUCUCAACACGCCGUUGAUUCUGUCUGCUUCCCAAAUUAGGUCCAUUUGA